AUGCAGUGUCCUGGUCUACUGGCGUUAGUUAUUAUCCUGUCCAUGACACCAUACUGUGUAUUGUGUGAGGAGGGAACUCCACACAGCCUGGAGCCCAACCACCAGCUGGGCCAGGGGUCUCCCACUACCGCUCUACACCGCAGACUCAGACGAGGCUGGAUCUGGAAACAGCUGUUUCUCCCAGAGGAGGACCCCACUCCACGUGUGAUUGGCCAGGUACCAGUUCUCCACAGAAUAAACAUUUCCUACAUUUUAGUAAUGCCUUUUCCUAGAUGGUUAGUAGACAGGACAAAAAAAUGGAACAAGAAAACACAAAGCAAAUAUAUUAUGAAGCAAAUGCAUUAUGAAUCAAAUACAUUACGAAGCAAAUACGUUAAUGGCUCUUUGUUUCCUUUUCUCCUUUCCCUCAGCUGAAAUCAGACUACGACAGAGGGGAUUUCGCUAUCAAGUAUAUUCUGUCGGGGGAAGGUGCUGGGGAGAUGUUUGAAAUCGAUGAGUAUUCAGGAGAGAUACGUGCGUUGCAGAAGCUGGACCGCGAGGAGAAGGCCUUCUAUGUUCUCCAGGCUCAGGCCCUCGCUAGGAGGUCCAAUGAACCUGUGGAGCCUCAGUCAGAGUUUAUCAUUAAGGUCCAGGACAUCAAUGACAACAUACCCCAGUUCCAGAAUGAGCCCUAUGUCUCCAGCAUCCAAGAGAUGUGUCCCAUGGGUAUGUUCGACAGCAUCAAUACGCAAAUAAUACAGUGUCCAUAAUAGGACAGCCUCAGUCUCAGCAGAAGUUUGAAACAACUCCUGCUGAGACUGAGGCUGUACUAAUAUGGACGCCAGUAGUUACAUUUAAAUUACAUAUAUGGAUGAUAAGAAAUCUUAGUUAAGGGAUCUGAUGUAUUUUCCUGAGCACCUGAAGUUACAAUUUGAAGUCACCUGCACCUGUACCUUGAAGAGCAUUUGAAAUGAAUACAUUUAAAUUAUGCAUUUGGAUCAUGUGAAAUCUUAGUUGAGGAAUCAAAUGUAUUGUAUUUUACUGAGCACCUGAAGUUUGUGAGUUGUUGAAGUCCCUCACAUGGUACAGGGGAUUUCAUACAGGUUUGAAAUGUACCUUGAAGAGCAUUUGAAAUUGUUUCAUCACAUCUCAUUCAACAUUCUGAAAGGCUGUAAAGGGAUGGCUGUCCUCCGUCACCAUUUCAGGAAGAUGAAAGUAUUGGUUUAGGUAUCAUACCUAUAAAUCCCUCAUAUGAUUUAUUUUCACUUAAAUAAUGUUAUCAUUACCAGUGCCAUUUCAUAGCGCAAGCAUUACCAUUUCAAUUUAUAUGUAAUCUGCCCUGCAGAAUAAUAUAUUUCUUGUAAUAAAUCAUAAUGCAUUUGACUUUGAGGAAAAGAGUGAGAAAGAGAGGAAAAGAGAAGAUGUGGAGACACAGAGAAUGAGAGAUACAGAAAGUAAUGAGAGAGAGAGAGAGAGAGAGAGAGAGAGAGAGAGAGAGAGAGAGAGAGAGAGAGAGAGAGAGAGAGAGAGAGAGAGAGAGAGAGAGAGAGGUCGCUAGAAGUAACAGAGAUAGACAUGUAGACUGAAAGAGAGGGACAUGGAAAGAUAGUGAUAGAGUGGUGGAGAGAGAGAAACAAGAAGAGAGAAUGAUAGGGAGUGAUGUCAUGCCGGGGGAUGGAGAGGUUGUCAAGCACACCUGCUCAGCCUCGGUGCCUAGUGAGAGGCCACAGUGAGCAUCGGGCACCCAGCCCCCCCCCCCCCCCCCCCCCCCCCCCAUUGUCUGCCCCACUGAUCCAGACAGACAUACCCAGUGGGACCGUGGCAUAAUCACUUUAUUUCCCUGUCGGCUGCUGGAGGGGGGCUGAGUGGCUGCAACCUUAGCCAAGCCUGCCUGUGUGAUCCUCUCCUCCCCCACAGGGACAACUGUGGCCCAGGUGACAGCCGCAGAUGCUGACGAUCCCCUGUUCGGAAACAACGCCAAGCUCAUCUACUCUAUUCUACUGGGGGAGCCUACUUCUCUGUGGAACCCAAGACAGGUAUAG